CUGAAAUCAAACUCUUGUGUUAAAUGUGAUUCAUGGACGACUAUCUGGCUUAUGUAACUUCAGCUUUAAUUCGGACCACAGAUCUGCUGCUGCCUCGUCUCUGAAGCAGAACCGAACCCUUUCUGCAGAAAACACACACACCGCUGCAUCCUUCUUGGACGUUUCACAGACUUAAAGAGAAAUGCUCCCACCAGCUGAAGUCUGCUAAAAGAAAUCUAAAUCAAAUCCAGCAUGGCCGUCUCCCAGCUGAACCUGGAUGACUACAGUGUUUACAGUCACCUGUCUGAUGAGGAGCUGUUGCAGAUCGCUGUGGAGAGAAGUCUCUCUGACAAACAUCCCCAAAGAGAUUCCAAUCCAAGCUCAGCAUCACUGUCUGCAUCCCCAGUUUCUGCUGUUCCAGACGCCACACAAAGACCUCCUGAUCUGUCCAGACGCCGUCAGCAGAACCCCCCAUCUCAGCCCCCACCACAUGUCCCCAACUCUGCAAAUCCCCCCACUGCCCUGUCAAGGUUUCUCUACAAUACCGUCAGGAGAGAGUUGAGUCCUAUACAAUCUAUCAUUGUAAAUGGAGAUGUAGAAGCUUUGAUGGGUUUGGUCAGACAGAAGUCCAGAAUCCUGACGGAGCCAAACAAAGAAGGCUGGAUCUCUCUUCAUGAAGCUGCUUAUUAUGGACAGCUGCAGUGUGUCAGGAUCCUCGUCAGAGCUGAUCCCAGCUCAGUAAACAAAUGUACUCUGGAGAACGAAACGGCCCUGAUGCUCGCCGCCUUCCAGGGAAAGGCUCCCUGUGUCGAGUUCCUCCUGAGGAACGGCGCCAACCCAAACAUCGCCAACAAAUCCAGAGAGACGCCGCUCUUCGCAGCUUGUGAGCGUCCAAACGAGGACGUUGUGGACCUCCUGCUGAAGUCUGGAGCUCAGGUGAAUCGCUGCUGCAGUCAGGGAGGAAGUCCUCUUCAUGAAGCCUGCAGACAUGGAAGUCUGAAGAUCUGCAGGAUGUUACUGGAUGCUGGAGCGGAUCUAAACAUUAAAAACAUUUACAAAAUCCAACCGUUCUUCACCGCUGCACAGCAUGGAUUCACAGAAGUCCUCCACCUGCUGGCACAGCGAGGUGCAGAUGUUAAUGGGCAGGCUGGAGAUGGAGCGUCGCCGUUGUACGAAGCCUGUAAGAACGGCCACAUUUCAGCUGUCCAGAAGCUGCUCUCUCUGAAAGCUGAUGCAAACCGGGUGACGAAGUCCAGCCGUCUGCCUCUUCAUGUAGCCGUGAAGAACAAUCACAUACGGAUUGUGUCGCUGCUGAUCCCGGCCACCAGCACGGCCAGAGUCCGGAGCUGUGGCAUCAGUCCUCUGCACAUCGCUGCAGAGCAUAACAGGGAUGAAAUCAUGGAACUGCUGAUUAAGUCUGGUUUUGACAUCAACGCUGAGCUGUCAGAUGAACACUCCAGGAUGUAUGAAGACAGACGGGCCACAUCUCUCUAUUUCUCUGUCUACAACGGGAAUCUGGACACUGCAGAGAUGCUGCUGGAGGCUGGAGCCAAUCCCAACCUGGACACCUUCAAUCCGCUACUCAUCGCCGUCCGGCUUGGCUGGAUAGAAAUGGCAGAGCUGCUGGUGAGGUACGGUGCUGAUGUCAACGCUCAGAUCUCCACACAGCCAUCAACGUUCCCAUCAGCCAUCCUGCUCAGCAUGGAGUCUCUGCCCAUGCUCAAACUGCUGCUGGAUAACGGCUGCAACGCCCGACCCUGCUUCGACUGUCUGUACGGUCAGAAACCACAUCCGGCUGUCGCACCAUCCCGGCGUCCACUUGAAGAACUGCGGACCAACACAAAUUUACCACCGGAGCAUUGCAUUCAGUACUGUGAUGCCGUCUCCAGCCCGUCUCUGUGGCGGAUAUCUGGUCCGGUCAUCUCGCUGCUGUUGGACUACGUCUGUCAUGUCCGACUCUGCUCUCGGCUGCUGGAGAUUCUGGAGAGUCGCAGCGACUGGGCGCCCAUCAAGCUGAAAGCUCUUCCUCCUCAUCCUCUGAUGCAGCUCUGCAGGCUGAAGAUUCGACUCCUGCUCGGAUCCCGUCGACUCAAACUACUCCACGCUCUGCCGCUUCCUCCCAGACUCAUCCGAUUCCUUCAGUAUAACGUCCACUGUUCACUCACCUGAAGUGACACCUGAUGAUAAACUGCACCGAACAAACAGCGUUCCUGAACUUUUCUGUAAACAAUGAUCACAAGCGGAAUACAUAAACAUUAAAAUGUGUUUUAUAGCAGAGUCUGCUUUUACUGUCCCAACAGCUUCAUGUUGCUCAGCUUCAACUUGAAACUCACUUUAACUCAGAGUUUUAAAUAAAUAACUCAGUUCUGAAA